AGAUCAAGAACCAUGAUUGAGCCAAAGAUACGUUGAAUUGUCAGGUGAAUCCCAUCGACCCAACAUAGAGCUUAAGGAUCCUCGCCCGGCGAUGACACGUACUGCUCGAUAGAAUAAUUCUACCAUAACCUCAACGACAAAGUUUUUGCAUUAUACACAAGCACCAGGUUUCAAAGUCUGAUACAAUGGCACCUUCAAACCACAUUUCAAUGACUGAAGGCCGACGCCAGAGAUCGCGCACACUCAUUCUUGAUCUAGGAGAUGUGAUAUUCCACUGGUCUUCGCAGAACCUGACAGCCUUGGGCUCUCUUGAUCUCCACGCAUGUCUUCUUUCACCAGAAUGGGGCGACUUCGAACGCGGCCAUAUCAACGAGACCGAAACUAUCCAGAACAUUUGUAAAGAGCUUGAUUUCAAGCAACAGUCACUCGAAGAAGCACUACAACAAUGCCGAAAAACGCUUUGUGUAGAUCACGAACUUUACAGCCAGCUGCAAAACUUAAAGGCGGAGAUGGAUGGACAACUCAAGAUUUACGCCAUGACAAAUAUCUCGGAACCGGACUUUGUCCGACUCAAAUCCGUGUUAGAGGACUGGAGUCUGUUUGAUGGAAUCUUUACCUCAUUUGAAGAAGGCAUGAUCAAACCCGAACAGCAAUUUUAUCACCGUGUCUUGAGUACGAUAGGGUUAGUCAACAACGACUCUGCGAUUUUCGUGGAUGACAAAGUCGUGAACGUGCUCGAGGCACGUUCUCUCGGUCUACAGGGCAUUGUUUUCAGUUCGCCCACACAACUGUUACGCCAGCUGCAAAACCGCCUUUUCGACCCCAUCACCAGAGCAAGACAAUACAUGAGGGACAAUGCACGAAGCAGCUUCUCACGCAUAGAAAACGGACCCGAGAUCCGUGAUACGUUCUCACAGUUUUUUAUCUAUCAUAUUCUACGCGACGCCAGCCUUAUAAGUCUUUCACUCGCCGACUCGCUCUCUACGGAAAUUGAGUGCGAAAUCUCAAAAGCAAUGAAUCAAGCUAAGCUAUGGAACUACUUCAUCGGUUCUCCCAUCGGCACAACGUCCACCUUACCCACGGAUGUAGACGAUACGGCAAUGGCCUUACUUGCCUUCUCGCCACCCAUCUCCUCCGCAAACAUCGUUCUUGACAAAUUUCUCUCCAACAGAUGCGCGCGUAGGCAGCUCAUACAAACCUACUUUUGCACCCAACGCCAGCGCAUUGAUCCUUGGGUUUUGACAAACGUGGUUCGCCUAUUUUACCACUACAAUCGCGGUGCGGAAGUGCGGCCUGAGCUGGAAUACGUAAGCAGGGUGCUCAAGACAAGAGCGUAUGUGGAUGGCUCACACGACUACGUCACGCCAGAAUUAUUUCUAUAUUUCUGUUCGUGUCCAGUUGAAGAAAACCGGAGGGAUGAAGAGUUGCAAAGGCUACUACGACGGGAGCUCGGAAAUGCUUGUCGCGAGCGCGUGGGACGACGUGACGACGCGCUUGCAGUUGCCGCAAGAAUACUUGCCUGCCAGGCAGUUGAUGUGUGCGCAAGGUCAGACAUCCAUUACUUGAGGGAGUUACAGGAUCUGGAUGGUGGAUGGGAGAUAGGCUGGGUGUGCUGCUUUGGGCGGAGUCGAAAACGGAUCGGUAGUCGAGGCAUGACGACAGCAUUCGCUAUCAAAGCUUUAGAACAAGAUACAGCGUCUAUGCUCUAAUUGUGCGCAGCAUAUUAGUGCGCGCCUUAGUAGAUCUUAUAUCUAGUAUAACUUUCUUAACAUCAUAGCUAUAAACCUUGAAUUUAAAGUAUAGGUAGAUAUUAUAUAUAUUUUUGAAGUGU